GGAGCAGUUCACAACGUCUGAUUCUGAAGAGUUAAUUACAAGCUGAAAAGUCGCUGUCUCCUAAAAUGACUGCAGAGGUGGAAGCUAAAGCUCCUGUUAUAGGCAUACGUCAUCUGCAGGCGUUGCUGCUGUUCAUUACUAUAACGUCGAUAUAUAUAGGUCGCCUCAAUGCAGGCGUUUCCGUUGUAGCCAUGACCAAUGCGGAAUCUACCAAUCCCGACUUUCCGGAACACAACUGGACGCCAGCACAGAUCUCGUACAUACUGUCCAGCUUCUAUUGGGGCUACGUGAUCACCCAGUUUCUGGGCGGCUAUCUGUGCAAGCUGUUCGGGGUGAAGAGCGUCAUGUUCUGGGCGAUAUUCAUUUCGGGCGUCUGCAGUGCUGUGACCCCGCUCUGCAUUGGCUGGGGCGGUUGGGGCGCCUACUGCGGCAUACGUGUGCUAAUGGGCUUUGCGCAGGGCAUCAUCUUUCCCUGCAUACAUCAGCACUUGGCGCGCUGGUCGCCGCCGCAGGAGCGCAAUCGUCUCGGCGCCUUGAGCCACACGGGCAUUGAGUGCGGCAAUGUGCUGUCCAUGUUUGUAAGUGGCAUGAUAGCAAAGGGUCCAAUGGGCUGGCCCGGCAUAUCCUACAUUUCCGCUAUUGUUGCCUUUGUUUGCUGUGCCUUGUGGUUUGUGUUUGCCUCCAACAAUGCCACCGAAUCGAGAUUCAUCAGCGAUGCGGAGAAGAAAUAUAUUGAGGAGUCGCUGCAGCAUGGCCAGAACUUCCACAAAGCGGUGAUACCCAUUCCCUGGCGUGCUAUAUGGACUUCAGUUCCAUUCAUGGCCUUGCUGGUGGCACGCUGCUCCGAGUCCUGGGGUCUGAGCACGCUGCAGGCUGAGAUUCCCGCUUACAUGCACGGCGUGCUUGAAAUGGAUAUUGGCUCAAACGCGCUCUUCUCAGCUUUGCCCUUCCUGGCCAUGUGGAUAAUGUCCUACGUCUAUCUGAUCUUCGCGGAUGUGCUGCUGACGCGACAGCUGCUCUCGCUGACGGGCAUACGCAAGACCAUGAACUCCUUGGCUUUCUGGAUUCCAGCAGUCACUCUCAUUGGCAUUGGCUUUCUGGAUGUGGAUCAUAAAACAUGGGCGAUUGUGCUCAUGACCAUAAGUGUGGGCGUUAACAGUGGCGCGACCAUUGGCAGCUCGCUUAACUCCAUUGAUCUGUCGCCCAAUCACGCCAGCAUCCUUAUGGGCAUUAUCAAUACAGCUGCGAAUGCAGUGCCCAUUGCCACGCCCCUUGUAGCGGGAGUCAUUGUUACGGAAAAGAGUGAUCGCACUCAAUGGCAAAUUGUGUUCAUCAUCUCAUCUGUGAUCUUUUUUGUGGGCAACUGCAUUUACUUAGCCUUUGGCACUGCCGUCUCGCAGCCUUGGGAUGCGGAAGAUUUUCUGCUAGAGAAGCGCAUUGAACGAGUGGAAGACGAAGAGCAAAUGAGCAAGCGCCGCAAGACUUCCAACUGAGCUGACAAAAUAAUAAA